AUGGCCUUUACUUCUGCCAAUGCUAUAUUUACUAUAGGUACCAUGAUAACUACAACUAUUACAACUACUAUCAUCUCAGGUUUUGAAUUAUUAGAUGUUUCUUUAUCCAAAUUAGAAUUUAAUUCAAUUGCAAAACUUGGCAAUUCUAAAUAUGAAACUUCUGAUCCAAGUUUAUUAACUAUUCAGAAAAUAUGUCAUUUUGCAUUUAUGCUUGUAAAUUUGUAUAAUAAAGAAUAG